ACUGCUGCGGGGGCCGCGGGGGGCGCAGCUGGGGCGCGGCUCGGAGGGGAGGCUAGGGGGCCGUGCCAGGCUAGAAGCCGAGGCGGGGCCGGGAUGCGGCGCUGAGGCCCAGCAUGGCCAGCCCGUGCCCCACUUUCCCGCUGCACCGGCUCGUCUGGGCGAACCGGCAUCGCGAACUGGAGGCCGCACUGCACAGCCAGCAGCACGACAUUGAACAGGAGGACCCCCGCGGGCGGACCCCGCUGGAGCUGGCCGUGUCUCUGGGAAACCUGGAGUCUGUGAGAGUGCUCCUUCGACACAAUGCCAACGUGGGCAAAGAGAACCGCCAGGGCUGGGCAGUCCUGCAGGAGGCAGUCAGCACUGGAGACCCUGAGAUGGUGCAGCUGGUGCUCCAGUAUCGGGACUACCAGAGGGCUACACAGAGGCUGGCGGGCAUUCCGGAACUGCUCAACAAACUUCGCCAGGCCCCCGAUUUCUACGUGGAGAUGAAGUGGGAGUUCACCAGCUGGGGUGAGUGGGGACCUCUGGGCUCCCAGGGAUUUGGGGUGGGGCUUUUGGGAAGACCCCCAGUGACCCCUGUGCACCCUGCAGUGCCCCUUGUGUCCAAGAUGUGCCCAAGCGAUGUGUACCGCGUGUGGAAGCGGGGUGAAAGCCUGCGAGUAGACACCAGCCUCCUGGGCUUCGAGCACAUGACCUGGCAGCGAGGCCGGAGGAGCUUUAUCUUCAAGGGCCAGGAGGCAGGAGCCCUGGUGAUGGAGGUGGACCAUGACCGGCAGGUGGUGCAUGCGGAGACGCUGGGGCUCGCUCUGCAGGAGCCCGAAGCACUGCUGGCCGCCAUGCGGCCCAGCGAGGAGCAUGUGGCCAGCCGCCUCACCUCUCCUAUCGUCUCCACCCACCUGGACACUCGUAAUGUGGCCUUUGAGAGGAACAAAUGUGGUAUCUGGGGCUGGCGGUCUGAGAAGAUGGAAACUGUUAGCGGCUACGAGGCCAAGGUGUACAGUGCCACCAACGUGGAGCUGGUGACACGCACACGCACGGAGCACCUCUCUGAUCAGGACAAGUCGAGGAGCAAAGGGGGGAAGACUCCGUUCCAGUCCUUCCUGGGGAUGGCCCAGCAGCACUCCUCCCACUCCGGGGCCCCUGUGCAGCAGGCAGCCAGCCCCACCAACCCCACAGCCAUCUCCCCUGAGGAGUACUUCGACCCCAACUUCAGCCUGGAGUCACGGAACAUUGGCCGCCCCAUCGAAAUGUCCAGCAAAGUACAGAGACCAGAUGAGCUGCUGCGAAAUCCUCAGGAGCCCCAGCCUGGGCCCAGGGAGGAGGGCAGCUUGGGCCACGUGGCCAGGACACCAGCUCCCAGGGGAGCCAGGCAGUGGCAUCUGAGCACAGCAGGGCACCCCAGGCCAGGCAGAAGGUUCAAGGCAACACUGUGGCUGAGUGAAGAGCACCCGCUCUCCCUGGGUGACCAGGUGACACCCAUCAUUGACCUAAUGGCCAUCAGCAAUGCUCACUUUGCCAAGCUGCGCGACUUCAUCACGCUGCGCCUUCCACCUGGCUUCCCCGUCAAGAUUGAGAUUCCCCUUUUCCACGUGCUCAACGCCCGCAUCACCUUCAGCAACCUGUGUGGCUGUGACGAACCCCUGAGCUCGGUGUGGGUGCCGGCCCCCAGCUCUGCUGUCGCCGCGUCAGGGAACCCUUUCCCAUGCGAGGUGGACCCCACCGUGUUUGAGGUGCCUGAGGGGUACAGUGUGCUGGGCACGGAGCGCAGCGAGCCCCUCCGAGAUGAGGACGAUGACCUCCUGCAGUUUGCCAUCCAGCAGAGCCUGCUUGAAGCGGGCACCGAGGCGGAGCAGGUGACCGUCUGGGAAGCCCUGACCAACACCCGGCCUGGUGCCCGCCCUCCUCCCCAGGCCACGGUUUAUGAGGAACAGCUUCAGCUGGAGCGGGCCCUCCAGGAAAGCCUGCGGCUGUCCACAGAGCCCAGGGGCCCAGGAUCCCCUCCCAGGACGCCCCCAGCCCCCGGCCCACCCAGCUUUGAAGAGCAGCUUCGCCUGGCCCUGGAGUUGUCUUCACGGGAGCAGGAGGAGCGGGAGCGGCGCGGGCAGCAGGAGGAGGAGGACUUACAGCGGAUCCUGCAGCUGUCACUCACCGAGCACUGAGCCACAGCCCCGGGAGGGCUGGCCAGGCCACUCCCUGCCCGCUUUUGUAAUUUAUUUAUUUAUAAACUCUCUGCUGCUGGGCUUGGGGCCUGGAGCCCCAGGGAUGGUCGGGCAGGGGAGACAGAUGGAAAUAAAGAGACUGUCGCAGCA